ACACUCUCCUCACUAUCAUCUCUGUGAAAUGAAGGGAAGAAGACUGAGAAAUAUAAUCAUAAGAGAUUACUGUAUACAAAUAAUAGCAAAUCGAAACUAGAAUUGAAGCCAGUAUUAAAUCAUAAUCCUGAUUAGCAAAUCUGAUAACUUUUUAGAAGAUCCAAACAAAAAUGACGGAUCAGAGUCUAGAUUUACAGGAGUCCGGUUGGGAAGAAUUAAGGCGAGAAGCAAGAAAAAUCGAAGGAGAUCUCGACGUUAAGCUUUCCUCUUACGCUAAACUCGGCGCUAGGUUUACUCAAGGAGGUUCAGGUUAUGUAGAUACAGGGUCACCGACGGUUGCAUCUAGCAGGUCGUGGAAAUCUAUGGAAAUGGAAAUACAGUCAUUGCUUGAGAAGUUGCUAGAUAUCAAUGACUCUAUGAGUAGAUGUGCGGCAUCUGCUGCUCCGACUACGUCAGUUACUCAAAAGCUAGCACGGCAUAGAGACAUACUUCAUGAGUUUACUCAGGAAUAUAAGCGAAUCAAGGGAAAUAUAAGCUCAAUGAGGGAACAUGCAGAGCUUCUAAGUUCAGUUAGAGAUGAUAUAAGUGAGUACAAGGCAUCUGGUAGUAUGUCUCCAAGAAUGCAAUUACUGCGAGAAAGAGCUGCCAUUCAUGGGAGUAUUUCUCACAUAGAUGAUGUCAUAAAUCAAGCUCAAUCAACAAGAGCUGUCUUAGGUUCUCAGAGGUCUUUGUUUGGAGAUGUCCAAGGAAAAGUGAAGCUUCUUAGUGACAAAUUUCCCAUUGUCCGUGGAUUACUUGGUUCCAUCAAGAGGCGGCGAUCAAGAGACACCCUCAUUCUCUCAGCUGUCAUUGCAGCUUGCACGUUAUUUCUUAUUAUCUAUUGGCUUUCAAAAUAACAGCAAACCAUUCGGUGGAGCUGAACUCCUGAUUUUUACGGGCCGAAGAUAUUGACAAUGGCAUCGAUCAAACAGCAAAUGUUGUGAUUCCUGGAAAGGAACAUUAGACAUUCAUUUUAACAUGGAGAUGGGUGAUCAUAUCUUAUUCUGUCCUUAGGGCACAUGCAACUGUGCAGUUCAAUCCGGGGUGUAUCGAUGUCGAACAUCAAUACAUGGGCAGCUACAUUAUGUAUAUCAGCCUGAAAAAAAGUUUUCUUGAUUCAAUUGCUAUUUUUUCUCCCGCGAUUUUGUUUUUAUAAACUAUUAACAAAUCCUCUUCGGCUUGCGUUUUUUAGUAUACUACAAUUGUUCUCCCUCUCUUAA